GGAGGAGGCGGAGAAGUUCCACCCCCCGGAUCUCCGGCUUCCGGCAACUGGGCUGGACGGGAACCGGCGCGGAGCAUCUGAGGCCCAAGCCUUCCCGGGACCCGCUGGACGCCCAGCCCCGCGAGACCCCUGCAAAUUUUCUUCCUCAUAAUUGGGAGAAGACUUACUGGCUGAAUGGCAGCAGUAGAUGACUUGCAAUUUGAAGAAUUUGGCAAUGCAGCCACUUCUGUGGCAGCAAACCCAGAUGCCACCACAGUAAGCAUUGAGGAUCCUGGCGAAACCCCAAAACAUCAGACAGGAACUCUGAGAGGCUCAGGAAGAGAAGAAGAUGAUGAGUUACUGGGAAAUGAUGACUCUGACAAAACUGAGUUACUUGCUGGACAGAAGAAAAGCUCCCCCUUCUGGACAUUUGAAUACUACCAAACAUUCUUUGAUGUGGAUACCUACCAGGUCUUUGACAGAAUUAAAGGGUCUCUUUUGCCAAUACCCGGGAAAAACUUUGUGAGGUUAUACAUCCGCAGCAAUCCAGAUCUCUAUGGCCCCUUUUGGAUAUGUGCCACAUUGAUCUUUGCCAUAGCAAUUAGUGGGAAUCUCUCCAACUUCUUGAUCCAUCUGGGAGAGAAGACGUACCAUUACGUGCCCGAAUUCCAAAAAGUGUCCAUAGCAGCUACCAUCAUCUAUGCCUAUGCCUGGCUCGUUCCUCUUGCACUCUGGGGUUUCCUCAUGUGGAGAAACAGCAAAGUUAUGAACAUCGUCUCCUAUUCAUUUCUGGAGAUUGUGUGUGUCUACGGAUAUUCACUCUUCAUUUAUAUCCCCACCGCAAUACUGUGGAUUAUCCCCCAGAAAGCUGUUCGUUGGAUUCUAGUCAUGAUUGCCCUGGGCAUCUCAGGAUCUGUCUUGGCAAUGACAUUUUGGCCAGCUGUUCGUGAGGAUAACCGACGCAUUGCAUUGGCCACAAUUAUGACAAUUGUGUUGCUUCACAUGCUGCUUUCUGUGGGCUGCUUGGCAUACUUUUUCGAUGCACCAGAGAUGGACCAUCUCCCAACAACUGCAGCUAUUCCAAACCAAACGGUUGCUGCAGCCAAGUCCAGCUAAUGAGGAAACUUUUACUCUGAGAUUUCACCCCUAAGAAGCAGGCAGCAGAGGACAGCCCACCAAACUGCCAACCAGGAGUGUAGCUGGCUCCAGAGAGGGGGCGUCAGAGGAAGAAGGAGGAGCCUGAGCUUUGGAAUCUGGCAAUAAAAUACUACUACUACUGCUACUACUAAUACAUAGUCCAAGUGUAUUCUGGGACACGUAUUCUCCACACCCUACAGGUUCUGGGCUGGAGGAUAGUUGCAAGUAUUGUUUGGUCAGUGCUCCUUCUACCCAUCUGCACUACAUUAUUUAUACUUUUUAGCAGCAUUGAUUUGUUUCAUCCUAUACAGUGGCUGUCUGGAUUUUUCUCUGUUGCCUAGGCUGGACUGCAGUGGCGUGAUUACUGCUCGUUCCAGCCUCAAACUCCCAGGCUCAAGUGAUGUUCCCACCUCAGCCUCCCGAGUAACUGAGACUACAGAUUCUUUCAGUGACCUGUAUAGUUCCUAUGUAAUCUUUUACCUCCUGCUGCU